UGAUCUGCAUCCUGGGCCAUUAAAUUUUUCUAAUGGCUCCUCCUAUGUUUAUAACUUAAUUUUAGUAAAAACAUAUUUCCAUUUUUAAAACCAAGAUAUUUGUAUUUAUCCUUCUAUUUCACAAAUAAGAAAUGAAAACUGAUUAUUAUUCACUAAUAAACAACCUACCGUAGAAAGGUUUAUAUGCAUACAUGUAUUGUUGAUACACAGGGAACUACUCCACGGCAACAAACUUUGGGGCAUGGUAACAUAUUUUGGUAACCAAAGUAAACUGAAUUCAAUAUAAAACUAAAUGACAGAAUUUACUUCAUUGUACUUUUUUACUGUGUUCACUCAAUAAGUAGAAGCGUUUUGACUAUUAAAUUUAUCGAAAUCAAAAAUUAAAUUCCUAUAUUUAAGAUAUGGCAUAUCAAUCGUUAUUAGUUUUGGAGAAACCACUUCAACAUCUAUCAUUGUCAGAUUGGAACAGUCGGGUCAACAAAUUACGAAAUAUAGCUGAUGCUAGACGUAAUGAUGCAUUUAAUGUUCGCCAAAGCUCUAGAACUUUAAGAAACGAGACUCGCAUCGAAGCAGAUUGGACUAAUUUGGAAUCUAAUGAAGCAUUAGCCCAGCGCAUUUCCGAGCUAAAUCAAUGGCGCAUCUCUAUAAAAACUACUCUGGAACGUAUUGAACGUGAAAUGAAAUUGCUAACAGAGGAAAAGGCUUCUACUGAACGUGAAUUAGAUGCUAUGCAAACACCACUUUCCAUCAUUGGAGAAUGUCUGACGAUGAGAGACUGCCGACUGGGAGCGGAAAUGACAUACGAUGACGCUGACACAGAAAUAAAAAACGAACUGACAAUCGUUGAAAAUAAUCAACGGCUUUUAGCAGUACAGUGUCAAAAAGCCUGGGAGAAAUUAUCAAGGCUAGAAGAAGUCAAGUUCAAACUUAAUCUCGAGGUAACUAACAAAACGGAAGCGGAGGAAUUGGAUAUGCGUCAGUUAACAUUGGAUAAAUUUGCAGCAAAUAUUACGUACAAGCCAGACCCAACAAGGAAUCCGAAAAAUUAUUGUGCCUACCAAUCCUGGCAAGAACACACAAGACAAAUGAAACAGCUUGCUGAAAACGAACUAGCUGAUACAUAUGCUAUACGGGAAGCUUUGUUUGUAUGCCGGGAAAAGGCCCGUAAUAUGCUAUUGUCGCAACAGGAAAGAACAGAGCACACUAUUAGAAAACGUAUUUUCGAAACACAAAGGGCGAGAAACGAAUUAGAGUGGCAGCAAUUGAAAAUGAAAGAGGAGAUGGAAAAGGCUGUUUGUGAAAUAAAAACUUUAGAGCAGUCUUUGCGGGACAAAACCGACGCAUGUAAACUAGCUGAAACACGUUUAGAGAAUAGAGCACAACGGUCGGGAAUGGAACUUUGCUUGGAUGUUGCUCACGAGCAAUUGUGUUUAGAAGUUCAAAAGCUUCGGGAUAUUCGUCGCCAACUGACGGAUAAAAUUGAAGAAGCAAAAACCAACUUCAAUUUUCUACAAGAUCAUGCUCAAAAAAUUGAUGUUGAUUUGGAAAAUAAACAGCAUUCUUUAAUGACGGAUAUCAGAGCUCUCGAAUUACGUCAACGUCUAAAGUUUUCAGAAUUUGCACAAUCAGACUCGACAUCAGUUCAGACGGAUCGUAAUAUUGUAUUAACAAAAAUGGAAAAAGAAAUUCCUAAGAAUUAGCACAUUUUUUUGUCUUUAACUAAAUAUUGAAUAUGAAACGAAAUUUCCAUAGCAUUAUGAGUUUUUUACACGUUUCAAACUUUAUUCGUGAAAUAAAUCUAUACUACACCAAAAUGAAAUAAAGAAGCAAAAAAAGAAAAGGGGAAACGGACUGCAAGUUCAGCCGAUCCAAACUGAUGAAAAGCUA